AUGCAAGAAGCAUCCCGGGCAAAGGUGGCAUAUAGCCCAGAGACCUCAAACGGCGAGGAGGCGGAGUAUGAUACCUGCCAGAUUUUAAAUGGAAAUGAUCAUAAUGUACUUGAUAUCAAAUUUGUUAUCAGCCCAAUUCGGACCGGUUGUAUGGGUAUCACGGUAAGAGAACCUCAUGAUAUUAAGGAAAAUGAAAAACCACACAGGGGCGAGGAGCCAGGAGAGCACGUCACUAGAUCUGACGAAUGGUGGAGGGAAAGUGUACGUAUCUGUGUACGUAUUUUAAAACCACACAUCCAUCAACGCUACAUUAGAGUAAGGGAACAAUUAAAAGAACUUACCAAGCAGUAUGAAAAGUCUGAAAAUGAUCUGAAGGCCCUACAAAGUGUUGGGCAGAUUGUGGGUGAAGUACUAAAGCAGUUAACUGAAGAAAAAUUCAUUGUUAAAGCUACAAAUGGACCAAGAUAUGUUGUGGGUUGUCGUCGACAGCUUGACAAAAGUAAGCUGAAGCCAGGAACAAGAGUUGCUUUGGAUAUGACUACACUAACUAUCAUGAGGUAUUUGCCAAGAGAGGUGGAUCCAUUGGUUUACAACAUGUCUCAUGAAGACCCUGGGAAUGUGUCCUAUUCUGAGAUUGGAGGGCUAUCAGAACAGAUUCGGGAAUUAAGAGAGGUGAUAGAAUUACCUCUUACAAACCCAGAAUUAUUCCAACGUGUAGGAAUAAUACCUCCAAAAGGCUGUUUGCUAUAUGGACCACCAGGUACAGGAAAAACACUCUUGGCACGAGCUGUUGCUAGCCAGCUAGACUGCAAUUUCUUAAAGGUUGUAUCUAGUUCUAUUGUAGACAAGUACAUUGGUGAAAGUGCUCGUUUGAUCAGAGAAAUGUUUAAUUAUGCCAGAGACCAUCAGCCAUGCAUCAUUUUUAUGGAUGAAAUAGAUGCUAUUGGUGGUCGUCGGUUUUCUGAGGGUACUUCAGCUGAUAGAGAGAUUCAGAGAACUUUAAUGGAGUUACUGAAUCAAAUGGAUGGAUUUGAUACUCUACAUAGAGUUAAAAUGAUCAUGGCUACAAACAGACCAGAUACACUGGAUCCUGCUUUGCUUCGUCCAGGAAGAUUAGAUAGAAAAAUACGUGAAGAGGUCACCCCCAGAGGCUAAGCAAGAUUAGAUAUAUUGAAAAUCCAUGCAGGUCCCAUUACAAAGCAUGGUGAAAUAGAUUAUGAAGCAAUUGUGAAGCUCUCAGAUGGUUUUAAUGGAGCAGACCUGAGAAAUGUUUGUACUGAAGCAGGUAUGUUUGCAAUUCGUGCUGAUCAUGAUUUUGUAGUACAGGAAGACUUCAUGAAAGCAGUCAGAAAAGUGGCUGAUUCUAAGAAGCUAGAGUCAAAAUUAGACUACAAACCUGUGUAAUUUACUGUGAGGAUUUUGAUGGCUGCAUGACAGACAUUGGCUUAAUGUAAAAAUAAAGUUAAGGAAAAUAAUGUAUGUAUUGGCAAUGAUCUCAUUAAAAGUCAUGAAUAAAAACAUAUAUGAAUAACAAAAAUUAGUAACUCAGUAUUUGUACUUUAAGAUUGGUACAGAAGAAAUUUGUAUGUUUGUUAAUGUUGCAUUUAUUGCAACAGAAGUUAUAAGUGUGUUGUAACUUUUCAUAUUUGUUGUGUGAGCAUUUUAUAAAACAUUGAAAAUGGUUUGAGAUAGUAGUACAUUUCUAUGACUUAUUUUAUAUCGUUUGUUUUCCUCAUCCUAAAAAGUUGAAUAAAAUCUGUUUGAUUCAGUUCUA